AUGGAGGGAACCGUCACAGAAGAUGGAUGGAAGUCUUACUCAAUAAAAGGAGCCGACUGUCCAGUUGAUCGCGGUUACAUUUACAACCAAAACCUAGACUGGUGUUAUCGCUUAGUGACAGAAGAACAAAGAAAACCUGUUGACGCCAUGGACUUCUGUAGACUUGACGGUGGACAAAUGAUCAGAGUUAAUUCGAUAGAGAAACAACAGCACAUCACUGAUUUUCUCCGUUCCCGUGAAUCCAAUACAUCCACUGUUGUUUGGAUUGGUGGACGCUCUGAAAACAAAGAUAACAAUUUUGUAUAUGAAGAUGGUACGAUUUUGACAUUUACUUACUGGGAUAAUCAUAGCCCUGAUGGGAAAUCUUACAUCAGAAUGCAACAAGAUUCAAAUUAUCACUGGCGCAAUGGAUCCGGAAAAUUGGCGCGAAUUUUCUUAUGCGAGAUAUAA